UUGACAAAAUUGUUCCAUUAUUAUUAUACACCAACCAUAUCAUUAAAGAAAAGACCUUUUGUUGAUAUGAUGAAGAUGGCAUGGGUAUGGACAGCACUAGCAGUUCUUGCAGCUGUUUAUCUCCUUCUUCAUGGACUAGUACAGAAGAAGAUUAAGAAGAAGAAAUUGCUACCAGGACCAAAAGGCCUUCCUGUUUUGGGACACUUCCACUUGCUAGGCAAAAAUCCCCAUAGAGAUCUUCAAAACUUAGCCAAACAGCAUGGUCCCAUCAUGUACUUGCGGUUGGGUUUUGUGGACAGCAUCGUUGUCUCCUCACCAAAAGCCGCACAGCUCUUCCUUAAAACUCACGACCUUGUUUUUGCUAGCAGACCACCUCGUGAAGCAUCCAAGUACAUCUUGUAUGAGCAGAAGAAUUUGAGCUUUAGCCAGUACGGCCCUUACUGGCGCAACGUGCGAAAACUCUGCACCUUACAGCUGCUAAGCAAUCUCAAGAUCAAUUCGUUUCGAGAUAUGAGAAGGGAAGAGCUUAGCCUUCUAAUUGAAUCAAUCAAGAAGGGCGCGGCGGCUCGUGGGGCUGUUGAUUUGAGCGCUAAGGUUGUUUCCUUGAGCGCAGAUAUGAGUUGCAGGAUGAUCUUUGGGAAGAAGUACGAGGAUGAGGAGAUUGAUGAGAGGGGGUUCAAGGGUGUGUUCCGAGAAGGCAUGCAGGUAUCAGCUAUUCCUAAUCUUGGGGAUUAUUUUCCUUAUCUGGGAAAACUUGAUCUUCAAGGAUUGACCAAGCGUAUGAAGGCCCUUGGGAAGAUUUUUGAUCAGUUCUUGGAGAGGAUCAUUGAUGAGCAUGAACAGGAGGGAAACAGAGGUCAAGCAAAGGAUUUUGUUGAUACUAUGUUGUCCAUUAUGAAGUCAGGAGAAAUCGAUUUUCAAUUCAACCGUGAACAUGUUAAAUCUAUUAUGCUGGAUUUACUUGGAGCAUCAAUGGACACUUCCCCAACAGUGAUAGAGUGGACAAUGUCAGAACUUUUGAAACAUCCACAAAUAAUGAAGAAAGUACAACAAGAAUUAAAAAGUGAGGUAGGCUUAAACCGGAUGGUGGAAGAGUCUGAUUUGGAAGGUUUAAAAUACUUAGAACUUGUCAUAAAAGAAUCUCUUAGACUUCAUCCUGUGGUACCAUUACUACUCCCUCACGAGGCAAGGGAGGAUUGUUUGGUUGAAGGCUUUCACAUACCGAAAAGGGCAGAAAUAGUUAUAAAUGUUUGGGCAAUCGGACGUGACCCAAAUGUGUGGAUUGACCCUGAAGAAUUCAUCCCAGAGAGAUUUGAAGGAAGCAACAUAGACUAUAGGGGACACGAUUUCGAGCUCAUUCCUUUUGGUUCUGGUAGAAGAAGUUGCCCCGGAAUACAGCUAGGAAUCACAGUAGUUCGGCUAGUGGUAGCCCAGUUGGUGCAUUGCUUCGAUUGGGAACUCCCGAAAGGCAUGCUAGCUAACGAGUUGGACAUGACUGAGGAAUUUGGUAUUGUAGCGAGCCGGGAGAAGAAUCUGAUGGCUGUUCCUCACUAUCGGCUGCACAUUUAAAGAGAGGAUUAACUGCAAAAUCACUGCCACAAUUCAUCCUUUCACAAUGUACCAAAAAAAAUUGCUUUUUCUGAUAGUCCAUGUUGUUGCUAGAAUGCUAGUACCUAAGCUUGUACUCUAAAUAUGACUGCAAAAAUAAAAUGCAUUGCAUUGUUAUUAAGCUUC